UGUCACCGCCGCACGCGUCUCCAGGUCCGUGGGUAAAAAGGACCGGGCAGCAGCACAAUGGUUGUUGUGGGAGCGAGUAACGGAACCUUCUCCGGCGGAAACAUGAGGUCGUCCUUCAUGGUGGAGGACAGAGCCGGAGACCCCGGGGGCUCCACCAUCAAGAUGAUGUCGGAGGCUCUUGCGCCCCGGCUGCUGAAGAUUGCGCAGGGCGCCGCAGAGGCUGCAGCAGCGGCGGCGGCAGCAGCGACGUCUCCGUCCUCCUCCAGUCAGGCGCAGGUCAUGGAGACGAACGGGACCCGGUGCGGGGAGCAGAUCCUGAGCUACGGCCGCGUGGAGAAGGUCUUGAUCGGCGGGGUGCUCGCCAUGCUCACCCUGUCCACCAUCUGCGGGAACCUGCUGGUGGUCAUCUCCGUGUGCUUCGUCAAGAAGCUGCGGCUGCCCUCCAACUACCUGAUCGUGUCUCUGGCCGUGGCCGACCUGUCGGUGGCUCUGGCCGUGAUGCCGUUCGUCAGCAUCACGGAUCUGAUCGGGGGUCAGUGGUUCUUCGGUCAGUUCUUCUGUAACGUCUUCAUCGCCAUGGAUGUGAUGUGCUGCACCGCGUCCAUCAUGACUCUGUGUGUGAUCAGCAUCGACAGAUAUCUGGGAAUCACCAAACCUCUGACAUAUCCCGUCCGGCAGAACGGCUGCUGUAUGGCCAAGAUGAUCGCAUCUGUGUGGCUGCUCUCUGCCUCCAUCACCCUCCCCCCUCUGUUCGGGUGGGCGCAGAACAUCAACGAUGGCAGAGUCUGCCUUAUCAGUCAGGACUUUGGCUACACCGUCUACUCCACGGCUGUGGCGUUCUACAUCCCCAUGUCGGUGAUGCUGAUAAUGUACUACAGGAUUUACAGAGCAGCCAAACUCAGCGCGGCCAAACACACCAUCACCGGGUUUCCCAGGGAAGGUGCAGGGCUGGCUCCAAGAGGGGGGCGAGGGGGCCACGAGGUUCACCAGCCGGUGGAGUCGGGGGAAACGCUGAGCGUGGAGGGGACGGAGGUCGAGGAAGAGGAGGAGAGCUUGGACUGCGUGUCAGCGGCACUGAAGCUGCAGCGGGAGGUGGAGGAGGAGUGUAGCACGCGCGUAUCCCGCUUCCUCAAGACCGGCGAGCACCACCAACGCAGGAAAAGGAAAAACCAGUCCAUCUUUAAACGGGAGCAGAAGGCCGCCGCCACUCUGGGCAUCGUGGUCGGCGCCUUCACCUUCUGCUGGCUGCCGUUCUUCUUGGUGUCCACCGCCAGGCCAUUUGUCUGCGGAGUGGAGUGCAGCUGCGUGCCGCUCUGGCUGGAGAGGACUCUGUUGUGGCUUGGUUACGCCAACUCUCUCAUCAACCCCUUCAUUUACGCCUUUUUCAACCGUGACCUGAGGACCACCUACAGCAACCUCCUGCGGUGCCGCUACAGGAACAUCAAUAGGAAGUUGUCGGCGGUCGGAAUGCAUGAGGCUUUGAAACUGGUGGUGAAACCAGACUCUGACGUGUGACGCCGUUGGUCUGUCCAUCAGCGUCGCUGCAGAGGCCACCAGAGACGACCACCAGGGAAAACCUCCACUGUGGCUGCGGUUCUCCCCCUGAAUCUGUGCGGGGCCGUCUGAGGCGAGAGGAGGCAGGACGCUGGGAUUAAAUGGAUGCACACAGAAGAAGCCAGUGGGCUAAAAGGCUGCACAUCUUUUAUUCUGACGACUGAGGGAAAGUUUGACUCACUGCAGAUGAAUUCACGCUGUCUGGAUGGAGGCUGUUCACGGCCACCGUGGUGCGUUCAAACCCGGCUGCUGCCCUCCUCAACAGCCUUAUGCACGAUAUUGUUGCCGAAGUUGGUAGAACUACACACUGACUCUACACAGAGGCCGCAUACUUUUUAAUCUUGUAUUUUCACUUUGAGCCAAGGAAAACUUGCCCUCACAAAAAGAGAGGAAAAAAGAUGGAGUCGUUGAGCUUGAUUGGUCCUAACGGCUAAAACACCAAAUGGUUUUCACCUUGUGUCCACGCUGAUCACAGUGACGCUGUGUUCACGUGGACAAGUUAAAACACACCUGACAUGUAAAAAAUGACACAAACAAUCCACCUGGUGUCACUUUAAUGUGCCAAAACCUGCUCCUGCUGCCUCCUCGCUGGUUACGACUGCGUUACUGUAGACAUCCAUCCGUUUUAAAAUCAAAUUUGAGAUUCCACAGAACGUCUGCUGGGAAUUAAAAGUUGAUCGUGUCUCAGUUUGAACAGAGUUUGUGAAGAGUUCUGCAGGAACGAGUUGUGUCUAAGUACUUUCUGCAAGUUGAGUGUGAGCUCGAGCUCAACACAUUUUCACAAUUUACUCUAAAACAUAACAGACAUUUACAUUAGCUAGCAGAGACAAUUACCUGCCCCUGCCAUAAGAGGGCAGUAAAUUACGAAAUCAUCAGGUCCUUUAUAUACUUGGAUUAGAACACAGGCUGUAAAUAAAGAUGGAUGACAUGACAGCUCGCCAAAAGUGAUGCUAAAUCAACUUGAUCACCCUCUAGUGGCUAGCUGCAGUAUAUGUCAUAGACCCCGCUUUCUUCAUACUGAGGUGUCACGCUUGAUAGCUGAGACUGAUCCGUGAUUGGUCGAGCACAAGAAUGGGCGGGACCCUGAUAACAUGGCUCCACUCCACGAUUACUACUGCAAAUACUCCGAAUGAUGUCAUCACCACAAGAUGGCAGCGUUUGUACCAGAGAUAUUUUAGCUUUAUCGCCGUCGGGACGUUAAAUAAAGUAAAAACAAUCAUGAAACACAAUCUACUCACUUUGUGUUUAUUCUCUCACUCUGUCAGACUGUUACCACACUGAGAGGAGAAGAGCUCAGCGACCAAUCAGAUCAGGACGUCGUCAGGACUUCUGUUCAUUGUAUUUAUUUCAACAUGAUGACAGCAUCAACAUCUUGUUGAACAAAAUUAGUAAUAAACCUUUGUUUAUUACAAUUUAUUUUCUGUUAUGAUCCAAAAAAACAAAAUCCAGGAAAACACAUCGUUCCUCCAGAACUCCACAGAGUGAAUCAGAUAACGAUCCAGGCAUAUUUAUAAUACUUAUAUAUGUCCUCAGAUGAUUUGUUUUCUCUGACUGAAGAAAAUGAAUUGAUUGACAGAAAUAGAGAGAAGCAGCCGAUUGUCACAUUUCAACAGUUUUCAUUGAUAAAUGACUGAAAGUCUUUAAAAAACAGGUUUAAACAGGUUGUGUUGCUCUCUAGCAAUUCAUAUUAAUGAGAUCAAACAUUCAAAACAAUUUAUCUGUCGAGUCAGUUUCAUCAGUUUCCUACAGUCUCUGGAAAAAGAUUUUCUAAAAUCAGGUAUUUAUCAUAUACAUCAGACGUGAUGAUGAGGUUUGAUUGACAGCAGCCCGACUCAUCCCCGUGAGGAACGUGACGUGGAAACAUAAAGUCAGAAAAACAACGAGCUCUGUUCAAACUGAAACAUUCAAUCAUCAGUGGCUGAUUAAGAAAAUAGGUUUAAAUAAUGAAUCAGCUAUUAAAAUCACUGUCUAUCAAUUCUAUUUGGAUUCAUUAUUUAAUUGACUAAUCUUUAGUGACAUUAAUUAUAAAUCUCCUGAGGUGUGGAACUCACUCUGCUGUUAUGAGUUCUACGUGACGUCAGAGUUCACCUCGGAGCACGAGUCGUUCACAAGCUCCUCCCACUGAGAUUCACAGCUGAAAAGCACAGGCUCACUUUUAUAUGCAUAUUAAAAUGACAAUUAAUUGAAGGUUGGAGAACAGAAGACGCUCUUACAGCCUGUGGAGGCUCAGUACUCGACAGCUGGGACCUUCUCAGACCUAUUUCUGGCAGCGUUGUUAAUAUUCAUGUGUAGAGCGAUUAGAGGAAAAGAGGUUUUCAUUCUCACGAUUCUACAGUGUUGUUGUUGUUGUUGUUGUUGUUGUUGUUGUUGUUGUUGUCUUUGUCUUCAAUACUUCAAGGAUGUGGGACAGACUUUACUGAUCCACCAGUGUUAGAACGUCUGUGCUGCUCAGUUUGUCCUCAUCUACAUGAAUUUGUUCAUGAACAAGAGAGGACAUGGAAAUCUCUUUAUUGAUAAAGUGUGUGUGAAGAUAUUUCCAGAUAAUUAACUUUGGAGCUGAUUGGUCAAAGGUCAGAUUUCAAGGUCAACAAAAAUAUGUACAGAAAAACGUGUUUUAUAAUUUCCUCAGGUUAAAUUAUGAAUGAGCAAGAAGACAUUUGAAAAAAGAAAAAUCACCUGAGUUGACUCCGUAGUGAAUCUUUCUGAAGUAACUGAAACGGUUCUUUGUGCCACACAAUAAACAGAGAGACGAGCUUGUGUUUCCAAUAGAGGUGAAUCAGUGAGGGACACAGUGUCGGACAUGUCCUACAUCCAGCCCCAGGGAGACCAGAGGACACUGGGUCUGAAAUAGUCCCACUGGUGAUGGCUUUGUUUCCGAGGUG